AUGGACCUUGUGAAAUGUGCUAAUCUUAGCUCCGCUCAUCCUAUACAAGAUCAAACAAAUCCUGGAGAUAUUGUUAUAAACAUCUUCCUGACUCUCUUCGCCACCAUAGAGAUCCUGACGAUAACCACCAACGUUGUGUUCCUCCUGUCUUUGCUAUGUUCCAAACUUCAGCGAUCGAAACCACCCGACUCCAACAAAACCAAAACCAACACCUUGACCAAGAUGCUGAUGACGUCAUUGGCGUGUUCCGACACGAUGCUGGCUCUCUUCAUGAUGUCACUGCAACUCCACGAGCUGACCAGCCGAGGCAGGUGGACGCUGGGCAGCACGCUCUGCGCGCUACGGAUACACGUCAACAAUCUUCUAUGCAACGGUUUUGAAAACCAGUUACGCACACAGCCUGAAGUUGAAUUAAGAAUUUUCCGGCAAAAUGAUACUUCAAUCUUUCCGAAACCGGAUGGGAUAAUGACUUUAAAGUACAGUACAAUGAACACUGAAUUCCAAUGUACAAAUAUAGAAGUAACCCAAAAAAGCCGGGUGUUGUUAAAUGAUGGUAGGUGUAAUUUGCAAGAAGAGCAAUGUGCAAAUCCGGCGCAUAGACAGACUCCGAAUGUCGACGUGAGCAUUGCAAACACUGGCGCAGAUUGUAGCUCAGUCGUCCCAUUAGAAAAACAGAUCCCUGAAUGUGUCAUGAGAAAACUUGUAGAAAACAGCCCUCGUCAAACCCCGGAGUUAGCUACAGCCUCUGGACCAGUCCCGGCAGUCAGAAAUCUGAAGGCCUUUCGAACCAUCGGCUACGUGAUGGCGACCUUCACCUUGUGUUGGCUGCCAUCUUGGUUAUCUGUGGGCGUGUUCACCUCGAGACAAAUCUUCAUGCCAAUAUGGCUGCUGUGGACCAUGACCCUUGUGGCUUACGUCAGUUCCGCUUUAAACCCUGUGCUGUACUGCUGUAACAGAUCCAUCAAGCGAGCUGUUGUGGCAUUGUUCAAAGUAAAUACACAUUAA